AUGCUGAAACAUUCUUCCGUGCAAUGUCAAGUGUUGACAAAGACGUUGCCACAUGGAAUGUUAUGGUUAAUGGUUAUUGUAAUAAUGGUAGAGUUAAUGAUGCUCUUCGGUUGUUCAGUCAAAUGCCUCACCGAGGAUGGAUACUUUUAUGCGGUGAAAGAGGUGUCUUUGUUGGAUGAUGGUAACCAGAGAAGACAAAGCAUUUUCCAACUUCAGCAGGAAAUAUCUCUUUUGAGUAGGUUUCAACAUGAGAACAUAGUUCGAUAUUAUGGCUCGGACAAGAAUGAAAGCACACUGUAUAUAUUCCUUGAGCUUGUGUCAAAAGGGUCAUUAGCCAGUCUUUAUCAAAGUUAUCACCUAAAUGAUUCUCAAGUUUCUGCACACACAAGACAGAUUUUAAAUGGCUUGAAGUAUCUUCAUGAAAAUGAUGUGGUCCACAGGGAUAUCAAGUGUUCUAAUAUACUGGUUGAUGUAAAUGGUUCAGUCAAGCUUGCCGAUUUUGGGUUAGCAAAGGCAACAAAAUUAAAUGAUGCUACUUGA